AGUAUGAUGCUUGUUCAUCCUUCGGCAGGAGGCAGACGGAAGAUCAUAAGGUACAGAGAGUGCAACUGGAAAAAGAGCAGACUCGACGAAAUUAUAAGUGAUAAUCAGCGCUAGCGAGUCACCAAGUUGUUAGGCGAUCGAGCGAGGUUGACGGUGGUUGCUUUCGUUUCGCGAGUCGUCGCACAUAAUUUUACAUAGCAUUUCGCGGUACCGUCGCUCCUCGAUUUCGUUCGUAAAGGAACGUACACAUCGUUAUGAACCAAUAAAAUUCUCACGAGCUUGAUUAACACGCGCGGCAUGUCGCCGUCAUCGAGAGAUAACCAGUCCCGGCGGUUCUCCGAGAUAUGCUUCCUGGAUUCGUGUCCGUGGCAGUGACCACCCCAACGAAACUGCCGCAUUCACCAGUGCUGAAUAAUCGAAAGAUGGAGAACAACCCAGGCGAACAACACGCGAUCAAAGUAAACGGAAAUGAGGAUCUACAGACAAAGAUUCAUAGACUGGAGUCGGAGAAUGUUAAGAUGCGAGAAGAGUUCAAUGUACAAAGGGCUAAGAUGAAAGAGUUAUUCCUUCAAAAGGAAGAGGAAUUGAAACGUAGACUAGAAGAAAAUAUGGGUCUGCAGAAAGAAAAUUUAAAACUGAGGAAUGAACUGGAUGAAGCUAAGAGUCAACUAGUCGUAGCAGAUCUCAAAAUACAAAAUGAUAUAUUGAUGGAAAAGAGGAAAGCUCAGGAAGAAAUAGCAUCAUUGCAACAAGUUAUACAUGAAACAGUAGAGGAAUCUUCUUGCUCAAGGAAACAUCUUGUCAGCGAAGUGUCUAAACUACAAUUAGCUCUUUCCAAACUUCAAGAAGAAAAUGCAUUACUAAAAACACAAUUACCACGUGACCCACCAACAGAUGGGCCCCAAAUUUCAUUAUCUACAGUAACUAAAACUUUAGCUAGAAAAGUGGUUUCACAAUUAGGUGCAGAUUCUUUAUCCUUAGGUCCUGAUAAUUUAGAAGAAAGCAUGCGGAAGGUAAAAAAAUAUGCACAAGAGGAUGCGGAAGUUUUGCGUUCGCUAGUUGUACCGCUUGAAGAGGAAAUAAAAGCUUUAAAAGAAAAAUUAAGAUCGACCGACGAUGAGCUACAAAAAUGUAAAGAAAUCCUAUUACAGAGACGGCAACAGGAGCCGGGUUCGUUUGAGCCAUCGUGUGAUAUGUGCGCGAAUUACGAAGCACAAUUAGUCAAAGUAGAAGCAACUGCCAAGGACUUGGAGAAACAGUUGUUGGAUACUCAACGUAUGCUACAGGCUCAAAGGGAGGAUUUAGCUAAGGAAGUAGAAUUUCGGAAAGAAAUGGAAGAGAAGUGGAACGAGAAGAAAGAAGAGCAUAAAAUCAAAGUCGCGGAACUUACAGUUACCUCGCAAACGGCACAGCAAACUUUAGUUGAAUUAAAAAAAGCUGUCGAACAAUUCCAAAAAAAUGCAUCUGAAGAACUUUGUAAAUUAACAAGAGGCAGAGAAGAUGUACAAAGACACCUCACUGUGCUACAGAAGGAAAAUGAGAAUCUUGUUGGUAAGCAUAGCAAGCAUUCACAACAGCUUCAAAGUGAAAGUAUCAACAUGCCAAAUACUGUGGAGGAAUUACACGUUAGUCUCUUAAAGAUGCGCGAAGAUUUAAUUACCGCUAGAGUAGCUCAGGAAGUUGCGCAAGAGAAAGGGGAGACAUUGCGUUACGAAGUUACACUUUUGAGAGAACAAAUGGAACAAGAGAGCAGGGUCAAAGAACAAGAUAAUUCUGUGCUAAAGAACGAGAUAAGUGGCUUGAGAGCACAAUUAGACAAAUAUAUCAGAGAUCAUCGCACACUCGCUGAUCGAGAAGAGAAACUCGAUCGACUGGAGAAGCGGCUACAGGAAAUCCAGAAAGAGAAGAAGGAUGCGGAAUUAGCUAUAAAUGAACUACGGCAAAGAGUCACGAGUCUACAACAAGAGUUAGACACCAGUGAGGCAGUGCAGAAGGAUUUCGUUAGAUUGUCACAAUCGUUACAGGUACAAUUGGAAAGGAUCAGACAGGCUGGUAGCGAAGUAAGGUGGCAACACGAAGAGGACGUUGAAGAAUGUCCUAGUUGUCAUACUACAUUUUCAGUCACAAAGAAAAAGGUACAUUGUCGUCACUGUGGCCAUAUAUUUUGUCAAUCUUGCCUCUCACAUGUCGUGAAUAGUGGGCCGAAACAAAGACCAUCUAGAGUCUGUGAUGUUUGUCAUACUUUAUUAGUUCAAGAUACUGCACCGUAUUUCAGCCAAGAACCUCCACAUACACCUGACUAAAUGUUCUAAAGUUAUGGAAUUUUAAUGCAAUUCAGUGAGAUGUGCGAUAUCAGUUUGGUAAUUUAGUGGUUGCUGAUUGGCAUACCUCAACUGAGACGUACUGAUUAUAAAUUUGAUUAACGAUGACUCUCCUUUGUUUGUAGAGAGAGUUAGAAACGUUGAUGAUAGUGUAAGAGAAAGAGAGAGAGAAAGAGGGAUUUAUAUAGAUAAGAUUCCUAUUACCUGAAAAUUGGAGUGAUACAGCAAAUAUCGUGUAAAUAUAAAGUUAUGUAUUAUCUCUAAUGGUUAUUGUGUAAUUUAAACAGAUUAAAGCUUUUGAAUGUAUGUGAGUUAUCCAAAAAA